UGUUCACUAAACGAGCCAAACCAGGAAGUGAAACCAAAAUGCCAUGAACGCGUUACAGGAAAACCCAGGCCAUCGGCAGUGAAAGCUCUCACUGUGGACUCAGACGAACCACAUGGUUCUUGGGAGAAGUCCAAAGGACAGUAACAGAACAACCCGCCCAAGCCAGUCUAAGACGUUUUCGGACCAUAUUUGCCUCGAGGGGAAUUCAUAAAUAGAGACCGCUUCUUUUGUUUGGGUCCAUUUGGCGAAAACCAACAUCUAAUGCAUCCUUUUACCACACAGUUUCUAUUCAGAACAGAGACCAACUGGGAUGGCUUCAGACGCUUCACCUGGACGCGGACUUUGAAAAACGACAUACCGGAAGUACUGUGUGUAUGCAGUUCAUCGAACACACAUUGAGCCUGUAGACAGCUGCCCGGUUCAACCUCCUCGACCAAACGAUUAUGGAGCUCGCGCAGUGUUGCGACAGCGCACGCGCCGCAUCUCUCCGUUUCCGCUCACCCUCUACACCCGCCCGUAGACGGCAGGUAUCCCAGCAGCAUGCCGUCUGACGUGGAGUACAGCCCAGUGGGAGAGGGGCUGGGGAUGCGGGACUACUGGCUGUAUGUGUGGCUCCGGAGGGCGGCAGUGAUAGCGGCUCAUGUCACCGGCCUUGGCCUGACCCUCCUCAUCUCCCUGCUGUCCAGACCCGGAACCAGUGAGUCUGUUUCUUGGCAUCCAGUUUGCAUGUCCGUGGCAUACUGCCUGUGUAUGACUGAAGGCAUCCUCCUAUUCUCGGCUGAAGGAUCCCCCUUUUGCUUCAAAUCUCGGAAGUGUAAAGUCCGUCUACACUGGUUCUGUCAGGCUCUGGUCCUGAUAGCUGCGGCCACCGGUCUGGGCUUCAUGUUUGCCAGCAAGAACGUGUCAGAGCUCCCCCACCUUGUCACCUGGCACAGUUGGUUGGGCAUCAGCACCUUGGCUGCCACCGCGCUCCAAGCGGCUUGCGGUAUCUGCGUGAUCUUCCCGAAGCUGCUGCCUCUGUCCUCCUCUCCGUUGAAGCUGAAGCUGUACCACGCCACCUGUGGCCUGGUGGUCUACCUGCUGGCCACGGUGACCGUGGUGUCGGCCAUGUUCUCAGACUGGUUCCAGGCCACAGUAAAAGGGUUGGCCUGGUGGGGCUUCCUCCUGCUUCCCCUCUUCCCCGCUCUAGUGGUGAUGAACCAGAUUACUAAUGCCCACCUGCCCCGCAAGAAGCUCACCAGCUAGGAAGCAGAUCCUCUUUGUUCUCUCAGUGGCCAUUUUGGCUCUACAUUGUACUCAGAGGCCCAGACAAGCACAUGGAAGUAAGAGUCCUCCCUAAAGUAGACUUUUCAGAUAAAAUAACUAAGGAGUAUAGCUCGACAUGCUGACACUUAUAACUGCAUAUCAAUUAUCAACAAUUACACACUGAUGUCAGAGGCUGCCAUGCAAGGUGCCACCUGCUCAUCAGAUUCUAAACCAAUCACACACACUCGCACAUUGAUGAGAAAGCAAGACAUUUAGGGUUCCAUAUCUUACAAACUAACCAGAGUUAGUUUUUGUGUUGGCAGCAGGCUGGCGGCUGUGUUUUAGUGAGAAGAGUUACCAUAAUUAUUCCAUUUGAUAAAUUAAUUAAAGUGAUGCAUGUUAAAUUAUGUCAUUCAUUUGAAGAAUUAAUUUUAAGAUACAACAUAUAAACAUCUUAGGCAGUAGUCAUCAAUUGGACAGUAUGCAUUAUUACUAGGUUGUGUGCAUGAUUUUAAAAGAAUUAUACAUCCAGUUCUUCUACUGGCCACCUAGAGCCAGCUCCUAGUGGCCAGUAGAAGAACUGUAGCUUUAAACUUGGACAUCGGCAUCUUAACAAAGACAUUUUCAAAGAAUCAACUGACACUAUGCACAAUAUGUGAAAUACCAAACGUCUUUCAUCUCCAGAGGAAUAUUUGCACUACUUAUGCAGUUACAAAAGUCUCAGUCAGUUUCUAUAGACUGAUUUCUGAAGGGAAAUGCUGUUUAUGUGAGGGCACGGCUUCAGUGAUCAAGCUGCUGUCGAUGAUUAAUACCCAGCCUGUAAAUUCUAUUUAUUUAUUCAUUUAUGAUAUUUUGUGUUGUGUCUGUCUUGGCUGCUCAGAGGUUCUACAUGAAGCAGUUUGGCAUCUUAAGUUCCAUCAAUCAAAAUAUUAUUCAUAUUAAAAGGUGCAAUAUAUGACACUCUGAACAUUAAUGUAGCAGCAAACAACUAUUGGCUAUGUAACGGUAUAGUGGAGUAAUGUCUACCUAAUGCCGUCCUGUCCGACGGUCCUUCCUCAGAGAAACACUGUUAGCGCUGUUUGCUACAAGCUGCCAUGUUGAGAGGCAAUAUACAUGCUCCCUCCCGUAUUAAGGAUAAGAAUGUUUAUUGUCAUUGUAAAAAGAUACAAUAAAAUGGUUGUGGAUGGAGGAAACCGCUCUGGGGCAAAAGCUGUUCCUCAGCCUGUUAUUCUGGGUGUUUCUGCACCUGCUGAACCAAAUGAGGACAGGUAAAGUGGAAGUGUUAACUCGCAGUAAGAAACCAACGAUGGUUGCACUCAAAUAAGUCCACUUGGUUGGAUUUUGCAGGGCAGUCUUCCAUUUUUUUGAGAUAUCACUAGUUCUAGCAUUAUCGUUGGUAUUAGAAAGUGGUUUCCUGAGUCCUCAUAUGAUUAUGAAAAUGCUAGCACUGACAGCAAUAACAAGAUGUAAACUGCAUGUAUCACCUCUGGGUCAUGAGCUACUACUUAUUUGUCUUUGAAGGGCUUGUUUGCUAGCCAUGCUUGUUUUGGUUCCGUUUUUUGUGUUAAUCAAAAGGAAAAAUGUAUCAUGUGUCAUAAAGGACUAACGACUUGUGUUCAGGACGCCCAAUAUCUCUUCAAGAUAGACCUAAAGAUUGUACUUUUCCAUCCAAUUCAGAACUACAGUUACGAGCCAAGGUGAAACGAGUCAAAACCAGCAUCCUUAUAAAUGAACAUCAGAAGACUUCUUCUGAACAUAAGUCAGUCAGUGUGAUAGAAUGAAUAGACUCAGACGAGUAUUAGUGGUGAGCAGAGUUCCAGUCUAGAAACCCACUUCCCCUCUACUUUAACAGAGAAAGCAGACUGACCAAAGGCUGUCUUUCUGAAUUGCGGCACCAGUCACCCCAGUAGACACUCUGGUCCUACUUGUACCUCCGCUAGACCAGGCCUCCUCUUAGAGGAGGUGUGUGAGAUUAGGAAUCAUUUUAAACAUCAAACAUGUACCAAAAAGAACAAGAAAUUAUAAAGAUUGAGUACAUUUUCUUUUCUUCGGGAUAUUUCAGUGAUGAUGAUCCUUUGGCUUAUUAAUCUAGGAAUUAAAUUCAAAUUUCACCAAACUAUGAAUACAAUUCUACCCAUCUCCAACCAUUUGAUACGGUUGUUGGGAUGGCUUCACAGCAUGGGGGCACGUUUUACCUGACGGGCCUAAUAAAAGCCCGGAGCAGGUUUUCCACCAGUCAGCCUGUUCAGGAGAACGCUGUUGAGGCGGAUGAAUGUUUGUCAUUUCUUAAAGCUGCCACACAGAGACCUUUUGGAUGUACUGAACUUCCAGCACCUUGUCUUAUUCACUACUAGGCAGCUUAUGCAAAUAUGAAUCAGACAUAGUAAUAGAUUCAUUACAAAUCACUGGAUGGUAUCUACAGUGUGACUUAAGUACAGUAGCGCACGAGAUGUAGGAUGUGCUGAAUGCUGGGUAAUGGUACGUAACGCCGUCCAGGACUUCUUCCCCAAACUAGGUUUGAUAUUUUUGUUUUCCUUUAUUAAAAUCAGGGUUUCUACUGAUAGAAAGAUGGUUUGUUUUUCUGAACUGCUCUUCCUUGAUGCUUUUGUUUGCCAUUUUCAACAAUCAUGUUUCACUUCAGCUUGGGUGAAAAGCACUGUGUUCUUUUUGAAAUUAGUUUUGUUAACGAAACAGUGGAAAUCAAGUUUCCAGAUUCAGUGUGAAUUGUGUAACUUCUUUACUUUAAAUGUAUUCAGUGUGCUUCUCAGGUCUUUGCUGAGCCCAUUCAGUGUUUAUGAGGCGAUCACAAGGGAAGUUGUAGGGUUGUAUUUGUCUAGUCCUUGUUAGCUGUGAACCUUCUGUAAUAAACAAAUAACUACAAUUAA